AUGGUCUUCAUGCCUACUGCCUGGUACUCCGUCACUCUGGCUCUGCUCAUGGCUCUGUACAAAGGGGAGAGCCAGGCUGCUGCCACCCUAGAGCAGUCGGUGCUUGCAUCCCAGGCCCACGGCACCCACCUGCGGUUUCGCCGUUGCUCAUGCAGCUCCUGGCUUGACAAGGAGUGCGUCUACUUCUGCCACCUGGACAUCAUCUGGGUGAACACUGCUGGACAGACAGCUCCUUACGGCCUGGGAAAUCCGCCAAGACGCCGGCGCCGUUCCCUGCCAAAGCGCUGUGAGUGCUCCAGCGCCAGGGACCCCGCCUGUGCCACCUUCUGCCAUCAAAAACCUCGGGCUAACGCUGUGGCAGGGCCAAGCAGCCAGUCCUCUGCAGAUUCACUCCAGACUGGCAAGACAUGGGCCCACGCAGGAGAGCUCCUCCAGAGGCUAAGGGACAUUUCUGCCACCAAAGUCCACUUUGCCUGGCAACAGCAGGAGGCGAUGAGGGAACCCAAGACAAAACACUCCAGGUGGAGGAAGAGAUAG